AUGGAAGGUCCGAUAGCUCUGCCCCGCAUUAGUCAGCGUGGGCUGGGACCUUGCGCCCAUCUUUCCUCUCCAGCCCGGUCGAUCCAGACAGGGCUCCUUCGAAGGAAGCUCACGAUACGUUACCAACCUACACACACUGUCAAGAACAGCUUCAUCAAUAUGGAUCAACAAGUCCCUCUCAACUACGAAGCUUCGGCUGGCGAAACCAAUAAGCAAGUCACGGCAACUCUUCCUCAAGAAGUCGUACAAUGCUUGGAGAAUGCUCGAUUCCUUCACCUAGCAACAUGUACCGAAAACACGCCGAACGUCUCUCUCAUGAACUACACCUAUCUGCCAUCCUCGAACCACUCGGCCGGUCCCGUUAUUGUCAUGACCACGAACCCCGCCUCGAGAAAAACACAGAACCUUCUUUCGAAUCCCAACGUUUCUCUAUUGGUACAUGACUGGUCUUCCCAUCGGCCGCCGACGUCUGGCCGACGGCCUUCAGGCGGCAGCCCCGGCCCAGAGCACCGCUCCAGCCUUGCAUCCCUCCUAUUGAAUCUCAACACCGCGGCGGUCUCUAGUAUUAGUGCUACAAUCAAUGGCACUGCCAGACUGGUUGAUAAUGGUUCGGAAGAGGAGAAGUUCUACCGCGAGGCGCACCUGGAAAACAACACAUUUGACGAAGGCCAGAGCUUCAACCCAAGUGUUCAGGCCGAGGAUGGUGGCAGAGGAUGCUUUGUCGCCGGUGAGGAAGUACGAGUCAUCGUGGUCAAGAUCAAGGACGUGAGAAUCAGUGAUUGGAAGGGUGCAGUGAGGGAUUACGUGCUGACAGAGGAGACCGCUGCUCCCCAGCUCAAUGGUGUACGGUAG